CAUCACCUGAGGAACGCUGAGCUGCACACCUGCGCUGCACGCUUGUGGCAAGAGGCUUUGCUGCCAAAGGAGUGGCAGUCAUGGCUCAUACGUUGAGCUGGUCUGUGUUGUGUUUUGUUUUGCUGAGCGUUUGGGCUCAGGAUUUCUAUGAGGAAAAAACUGGACCAACAAGAGUUAAGACUAGAGGACAGACGGCAGCCGUUCUGCAGAAACACAACGGUCAAGCCAUCUUGGACGAGGACUGUGUUCUAGAGUUGGCCUUCCUGCUGGACAGCUCUGAGACGGCCAAGGACAACCACCAGCAGGAGAAACAGUUCACUAUGGACAUUAUAGAAGGCCUCCAGAGCAUCCGCUUGGACACAGCUCGCAAACUCAGCUGGAGAGCGGCCCUGCUUCAGUACAGCAGCCACGUCAUUAUCGAGCAGACCCUCCAACAGUGGAAAGGCUCGGAGAACUUCAAGAGCAGCAUCGCGCCGAUGGCCUACAUCGGCCACGGCACUUACACCACCUAUGCCAUCACCAACAUGACCAAGAUAUUUCUGGAAGAAUCGAGCCCUGAAAGCAUCAAGAUCGCCCUGCUCCUCACAGAUGGGACUUUUCAUCCCAGAAACCCUGAUAUCUUCUCUGCUAUGGCUGACGCAAAGAACCAGGGCGUGAAGGUCUUCACGAUUGGCAUCACCCGUAGUGCCAAUGAACCUGCCAACACAGCAAACCUGAGACUGCUGGCCAGUACGCCGGCCACCAAAUUCCUCUAUAAUCUACAGGACACGAACGUCAUGGAAAAAGUCAUAAUUCAGAUUGCUCAGCUGGCAAACGAUGGGGGGAAACCAGGCUACAAAGGAGAGAAGGGUGAAAGAGGAGAAUGUGGCACUCCAGGAAUCAAAGGAGACCGAGGUCCUGAAGGUCCAGUUGGUACUCAAGGGUCCAGAGGUCUGCAGGGUUUACCAGGACCACAGGGUGACAUCGGACCAGAAGGCCCACAGGCAAAGAAGGGUGAGCGCGGCCCUGCUGGCCCACCUGGAAUUCAGGGUGACAGUGGAAUUGGACUUCCUGGACCAAAGGGAGAUAUGGGAUUUCAGGGCAGACCAGGUCCUCCGGGUCCGCAUGGCAUAGGCGAGCCAGGUCUGCCUGGGCCUCAAGGGCCACAGGGGGUUCUAGGAGAGAAAGGACCACCAGGAGAGGGCUUUCCAGGUCAAAAGGGGGACCGGGGUCUGGAGGGGCCGAAGGGACCAAGAGGACAGCCGGGCACUGGAAUCAAAGGCGAUAAGGGUGAGCUUGGGCCUCCAGGUUUACCAGGACCGAUCGGACUCCCAGGGCUUGGCAUUCAGGGAGAAAAGGGUGUUGAGGGUCCGAGAGGGCCUCCAGGAGGAAGAGGACCACCAGGAGAGGGUUUCCCUGGUCCCAAGGGAGAAUAUGGUUUACCAGGAGAGAUGGGAACCCCGGGAGAGAGAGGGCAGGGCGAACCUGGAACAAAGGGUGAACCUGGUGCAUAUGGACUGGCUGGUGUACCUGGACUUCCUGGGGAGGAUGGAGCUCCAGGACAAAAGGGUGAGUCUGGGGCGGCAGGUUUGAGGGGACCUGAGGGGGCUCCAGGAAUUGGCACUCAAGGAGAGAAGGGAGAUCAAGGCCAACGUGGCAUUAGAGGGUUGCCAGGUCCUCUUGGCAUAAGUGGCCCAUCGGGACCAAAGGGAGAGCCAGGUACGCCAGGAAGGCUGGGCAUGCCGGGAUUACCUGGACGAGCUCUUGCAGGAGCAAAGGGUGAUGUGGGUGCCGCUGGUCCUCCCGGACCGAUUGGAGAGACUGGUUACGGUUUGCCUGGUCCAAAGGGUGAUCGAGGUAACCCAGGACCGCCCGGACCAUUUGGACCUAAAGGUGAAGGAUUUCCUGGUCCAGUGGGUCUGUCUGGUUUACCAGGACCACCAGGUGAGCCCGGCCCUGAAGGCAUUGGUGUUCCUGGACCAAAGGGAGACGUUGGAUUCAGGGGUUUGCCUGGUUUGCCAGGACCACCUGGUGAAGGACUGCAGGGACCACUGGGCAACAUGGGAAGACCAGGUCCUCCAGGACCACAAGGACCCCCAGGGGAAGGCAUUCAGGGACACAAAGGAGACGUUGGAUUCAGGGGUUUGCCUGGUUUGCCAGGACCACCUGGUGAAGGACUGCAGGGACCACUGGUAAGAUUGAUAUUCAUGUCAUCUGAUAUAAACUCUCCCGGGAAUCUCUCUGACUACAGUAAUGAGACUGUGAUACUGAACGCCCCACACGUCCAGAACAAGAGCUCUGAACAGCAUGCACAGGGAGGCAACAUGGGAAGACCAGGUCCUCCAGGACCACAAGGACCCCCAGGGGAAGGCAUUCAGGGACACAAAAGAGAAGACAUAAUCAAGCUGAUUAAGGAGAUUUGUGGAUGUGGUAUUAAGUGCAAGGAAAGGCCCAUGGAGCUGGUGUUUGUGAUUGACAGCUCUGAAAGCGUGGGCCCGGAAAACUUUGAGAUCAUCAAGGACUUCGUCACAGCUUUAGUGGACCGCGUCACAGUGGGUCGUAAUGCCACGAGAAUCGGUCUGAUUCUUUACAGCUUGGACGUUCAUCUGGAGUUUAACCUGGCCAGGUAUAUGACCAAGCAGGAUGUCAAGAAGGCGAUUAGGAACAUGCCUUACAUGGGAGAGGGCACCUACACUGGCACUGCCAUCCGCAAAGCCACACAAGAAGCCUUUUACAGCGCCAGGAACGGUGUCAGAAAAGUAGCCAUUGUCAUUACGGAUGGACAGACGGACAAGAGAGAACCUGUUAAGCUGGAUAUGGCAGUACGCGAGGCUCAAGUGGCGAACAUUGAGAUGUAUGCGCUGGGAAUCGUGAACAGCUCUGACCCAACACAGGCUGAGUUCCUGAGGGAGCUCAACCUCAUCGCUUCUGACCCUGACAGUGAACAUAUGUUCCUCAUUGAUGACUACAACACACUGCCAGCUCUGGAGUCUAAGCUGGUCAGCCAGUUCUGUGAGGAUGAGAACGGGGCCCUUUACUUCAACCGGAUUACCAACGGCUUCAACGGAUACGGCUACGGUAACGGCCAAGAGGAUGUUUCUUCAUACAGGAAUAAUGUUUACGGGAACAGAUUUCAGGAGAUUUCACUGGACAGAUCUCAGACUCACUCUAGAGGCAGAGGACACAGCAUACCUCUUCCCAUCAACCCCGGUCCUCUCAAAGCACAGGUGGAGAAUGACUAUGAAGGCGAGGAUCUAGACAUUAAGACACAAACUCAAAGUGGAAGCACUAUUGCUGUUGUCAAUAAGACUGUCCAACCUGUACAGCCAGGAACAUCAUCAUCAUCUUCAUCCUCUUCAUCAUCAUCAGUAUCAACACAUUCUACUUCAGUGAAUGUGAAUGCAAAGCCUCGUCCUGUAGUGAUAAAAGAAUCGGCUCCUCUGGGUCCUCGGUGUUUGCUCAGUCUGAGUCAGGGCUCCUGUAGAGACUACGUAAUUCGCUGGUACUACGACAAACAGGCAAACGCUUGUGCUCAAUUCUGGUACGGAGGCUGUCAGGGAAACGAGAACCGCUUCCAGACAGAAGAAGAAUGCAAGAAGACGUGUGUCCUCACCGCCAGAGCAGGCUAAACGGGAUGAAGAUCUACAUCGGUCAUUCUACAAUGAACCCCAAUAAAUAAACUUUAUGCUGGUGAUGGUGUACCCCAAUGACAGAUGCCUACAGCAUUCAACAGUUCUUAUAAUAUCAUAAAAAUGUUCCCUAUCUUUAAGCUCAGGAUCUGGAGAAAAUGUUUAUUAUGCCGCAAAUAAGUCAAAAGAUUUUCAUAAACAACUACCUGCUAAAGUGAAACACAGGUGUUAUUAUGAAGCUUCAAAGGCCAUUUAUUCAAAUGCACAACUCACAUUUCUUAUAUUUCUUGGUAUCCACUGAGAAUCUGUGCACUGCUCUGACAGUUGUGACAUGCAGAAAUAUUAUCCACUGGGAAUUGAUUGUAUAUAUGUUUUGUUUUAUUUAAAAUGUAUAUACAAUUUGUGACUUGAGUAAAGCCACAGGCAAAUUUAGUAGACUGAAACGUCAUAAAUUAUGUCUUAGGGGUUUUAUGGGGAUAUUAUCAUUUUGUAGGGAAUAAAACAAAUAAACAAACGAAUCAAAUAGUUAAGUCACUAAGUCCUAAUAAUUUAAAUGCAAUUAUGAUUUUCAAAAAUAUUUUGUAUAUAUUCUUUUUUCAUGUGUCACAGUAGGUUUAUAAUAAUAUUCAGACAAAAUAGAAUCCUGAAUUUUUUAUUCAAAACAAUGUUUGCCUUUUUUAAUGAA